UCCUGAUGAUCCCCUCUUUACUCGUGCGCGCUAUCCUCAGUGUUUCUUUGACAUUGUAUUCUUUCUUUCCGUAUUCUUGUUUUACGCAUGACCCUAAUCCUACGAGCGGGUACUCUUGUAGUUCAUCGACCAUGCACUCUAUCGAGGUCUUCCUUGAGCUCGGCAUCGGUUGGAUGAUUAUUGUUUUUCGCAUCUUUGCUCGCUCGCGUCAGUUGGGCAUCACGAAACUCCAGAUCGAUGACUACCUAAUGGUGUUUGCCGGGUGCCUCUACGCUGGCGAAGUCACCUGCGCAUACUUUGUCGCAGAAAUGACCAGACAGCAAAGAGCGGCCAACAGACCGAGAGCGACACCUCGAUUGUUCGACCGCGAAAGCGCAGGCAAGAUCUUCCUCGCCGGGUGGCUGACGUACACGGCGCUGAUAUGGACGUUGAAAACGUGUAUCUUGCUGUUUUAUUCGCGCUUGACGCAAAACGUGCAUAUCAACAACAUGAGGCUUCGCAUUCGAAUUGGUGCUUUUGCGCUCGCUAUUACUUUUGUUUCGCUGGUCUGUGUUAUACUUCUCGUUUGCUCACCACUGCAACCGGAAUGGCAAAAUGGGCCGCAUCCUGGAGGUACAUGCCGUGGAUCAUCUGCCAACAGCAACACAUACGUGAUGCUCGUUUUCAACGUCCUCACUGACGUGUAUCUCAUGUACCUCCCAAUCCCAGUGAUAUGGGCUGCGAAACUGGAUUUGAAGCGGAAAUUCGGCUUGACAGCUCUUUUCGCGGGCGCCGUCGUAACAGCAGUUUUCGGGUUCUUGCGAUGCAUCAGUAUCGUAACUUCACCCGGUCUUGAAGGCGCAAGUGUAGCGGGACUCUGGUCCGCCCGCGAGUCAUGCACCGCCGUAAUCGUAACGAACAUCCCGCUUAUCUACCCCUACGUAAACCAGCUUCGUCACUCUAUCAAAGCAGCGGCUUCUCGCUCAGGCACAGGAUACGGGUACGGGAGCUACGGGAACGGCAGUGGUGCUGGAAAGGAUGCGGCGCAUGCAUCCAGUCUCUCGAAGAGUACAAGAAAUAAAAAGAGGAGUUUGUAUGCUAUACCUGGGGAUACGGUAGUGGAUGGAAACGAGAGCGUGGAACGGAUUGUGCAGAGUCCGGGGUUACGGAGCGACAGGGGAGAUAUUGAGAUGGGGGAAAGGUUUCGACGGAGGUCAGUGGAUAGUUUGGGGAUUCGAGUGGAAAGGAGUGUGCAGGUUCAUAGCUCUAGAGUGCAGGGAGAUGGGAACGAUAGGUGGUGA